AUGAUCCGCUUUGAGGGCAUGUCUCCAGACGUCAUGGAGGCAAUUUGCACACCCAUGCACCAAAUUCUUCCUUUUCAAGUUCCGAGUCAAUCUCAGUCCGUGCCUUCAAUUCAAUCCGUGGCUCAUGCCUCCAGCUCGCAGCCCGGGUCCUUGUACCUCGGUUCCAUGUCCGCAACGAUGGAUCGCGAGUUGCUCGCAAAACAUCAUAUCACUCAUGUUGUACAAGUACUCGAUGUCCCCUGGCUUCCAAUAUCAGAAAAGGACGGCUUCCGGUGCCUCCGCAUAGACAUUCUUGAUAAACCAUCCGCUGACCUUCGCCCACACCUUGAAGGGGCGUGCCAAUAUAUUGCUAACGCACUGCAAAGUGGUGGGAAUGUUCUUGUGCAUUGCCAGCAGGGUGUCUCACGCUCUCCAGCCAUAGUCAUUGCUUAUCUCAUCCAUGACCUCGGGAUGUCGUAUGAGCAGGCACAUGCUCUAGUCAAACGUUGCAGACCCUGCAUUAAUCCCAACCCUGGAUUUGUUGCUGGUCUUCGCGCAUGGGAAGAGAAAUGGCGAGCGUCCGCGCCGCCACCGCCGCCACAACUGCGGAGGUUCAAUACUUCCUAUGCACCUCCAGCAACUUCCACGGUUGUCAAACCGCUUGUCCCAAAGUUCUCCAGGGGUACGAGUUACAGCGGUAGCUAUAAAUCCGGGAGUACUUCAGUUUCGUGA